UUUACAUUCUUAAAAUUAUGGUCCUAAGAAACCCUCUGAACAAGAUUGUAUGUGCUAUAAAAAUUUAGUAAACGCGUUUUAAAAAAAAGCAUUGUUGGUGUUUAUUUUCCAGUUGGUUAAUAUUGAAUAAUCUUGGAGCAAUUUAAAUUUAGGAAAGAAAAAGGAAAAAAAAACAAAAUAAGUGCUUGAAAUGGCUUCGAUCUGCUGCCGACUGUGCCUACUAAACUGUUCAGAUCUCCUCCCCAUUCGGAAGCUUACAGUCAACUCAAACGGAGCUAACGCACCACCGGUCACGCCGGCACUGUCCCAACUCAUCGAUUCUUAUUUGUCGAUUGAGCCUGCAAACGAAGGCACAAUAGAUACCUACAUCUGCACCGGAUGUCGAAACGCGAUUGCCGAUUGGCACUGGUUCCGAGAGGCCUGCCUCCAGAAUGACAGCGUCUACUUGGAGAUGGUCCAAGAUCUGGAAACGAAUGGCGACCACUUCGAAGUUGAGGUGAAGCAAGAGAUCGAGAUGGUCCAAGAUUCGGAAGAGAGUGGAGACGAAGAUGCGGGGGCAGUUGAGGUGAAGCAAGAAAUCGAGGUUUGCGAGCGUGAGUUCAGCGAGAACAUAUUGGCCGAGCCGGAAGAAGAGGUGAAGCAAGGGAAGGAGGUCGAACUUGAACUUGAGGACAUGUUAAUCGAACCAAUCGAUCCUUCCCCGAAUGAAAAGUUGGAUGGUCCCAAAAAGUUGUUGAUCCAAAAGAGGUUACCGGUUAAGAAGAAGCUUGGACGGCCUCGACUUUUGCAGGGUAGAAAAAUACCCAUACCCCAAAUAUGUCAACUUUGUGGUAAACUUGUUAAGGGCCUCACCGCUCACAUGAAAAUGCACACCAAGGAAAGAAUCCACCAAUGCCCACAUUGUCCAAAAAAUUUCUAUAUCAAAAGCAAUUUUGAAAUACACGUUAACAUACACACAAAAGAAAAGAAAUUCACUUGCUCGGUUUGCGAUAAAGUUUUCUACCGAAGUGAUUCCCUAAAGCAGCAUCUGAUGAGUCACACGAAAGAACGAAAUAUCAAGUGUCCGUACUGUCCUAAAACGUACGGCACGCGGGCCGGAAUAAUAAAACACCGGAAAACUCACAGCCACAGCCAGACGCCGGAAAUUGAGUGUGUUGGAUGUGAACGGAUGUUUUACACAAAGUAUCAAAUGUACGAACACGCUGUGGUGCACAUGACUACAAAACCUGGCAAAAAGUCAUCCGAAUCGCCGGAAGACGACGGUGGAAGGUGAACGCGAAUUUUAGUAUCAAAGUAUGAUAUGUAUUCUGAAUCGAUAACAUUUUUUUACAAUUACACCGAAAAAUAACUAGAAAAUAAAUAAUAUUCAUAACUCA